UUCAACCAAACUACUGAUAACCACCAGAACUUCACCUUGACUGGGAUUCCGGGAAUGCCAGAGAAAGACUUCUGGAUGACCUUGCCCCUCUGCCUUCUUUACAGUACCACGUUCUUAGGCAACGUCAUUAUCCUUGUUGUCAUCAAGGUUGAGCAAAGUCUCCAUGAGUCUAUGUAUUAUUUGGCUCUGCUAGCUGCCACUGACCUCAGCCUUUCACUAUCUCCCAUGCCCACCAUGAUUAGUGUUCACGGGUUCAACUGGGGCUCAAGAACCUUUGAUGCCUGCAUCACUCAGAUGUUCUUUAUCCAUACCUUUGGGGCAGUAGAAUCAGGUGUUCUGGUUGCCAUGGCCUUUGAUCCCUUUGUGGUUAUUCACUUCCCUUUGCACUAUGCUACCAUUCUCAGUCAUGGAGUCAUUGGCAAGAUUGGAGCAAUAGUCCUGCUACGAAGUGUGGGUGCAGUGUUCCCUGUGCCUUUCCUCAUCAAAAGGCUACCUUUCUGCCACUCCAAUAUCCUUUCCCAUGCAUACUGCCUCCAUCAGGAUGUCAUAAGGCUUGCCUGCACUGACACCCGUAAUAGCAUCUAUGGCCUGCUGGCUGUGAUCUUCAUCAUUGUACUGGAUGUCUUGAUCCUUUCGAUUUCUUACUUUCUAAUCCUCCAGGCAGUACUGGCUAUUGCUUCCCAAGAACAGAGACUCAGGGCUCUCAACACCUGCUUCUCUCAUAUCUGUGUAGUAUUGUUCUUCUAUGUGCCUCUCAUUGGCAUGACUCUGAUUCACCACUUUGGGAAGCAUUUGUCACCAAUAGUACACACUUUUAUGGCCAAUGUCUACCUGCUGCUUCCUCCUGUGCUCAAUCCUAUUGUGUACGGCGUUAGGACCAAGCAGAUCUGGCAGCAGACUGUCUGA